UGGCAUACAUUAAAAAAAAAAAAGAACAAAUAUCGUGCUUAGUUUCCAAACCAAACUGGUGAAGCUCAAAGGCUUGAAAGGUCAAACUGAGAGUGAGUGAAAGAUUGCAACAACAAGUUUCAAUUUCACAUUCUCAUUCUCACUCUACAAACAGAGAGAGAAAGAAACAAUCCUUCUUUCACCAAACUCGCCGAUCCAAAAGGUUUUGCACAAGAAUUAGCUCAAUGUCUUGGGCUGCCCCUGAUGAGCUCUUACUCUCCACCUCUCUUGCUACAUACCUAGACAAAAAACUUCUUGUUCUGUUGCGAGAUGGUCGAAAACUUUUGGGAUUAUUACGGUCGUUUGAUCAAUUUGCUAAUGUUGUUCUAGAAGGUGCGUGUGAACGAGUAAUUGUCGGAGAUCUUUAUUGUGAUGUCCCUUUAGGCCUUUAUGUAAUUCGUGGGGAGAAUGUUGUCUUAAUUGGAGAGCUGGACUUGGGAAAGGAAGAGCUUCCACCGCAUAUGACAUGUGUGUCAGAGGCUGACAUAAGAAAGGCUCAAAAAGCAGAACGCGAUGCUAGUGAUCUAAAAGGCACCAUGAGGAAAAGGAUGGAAUUCCUCGAUUUUGACUAAAACUUCCUGCCACCUUCAAGCUCGUGGUCCUAUCUGCAAAUUUUAAUGCAGCUGUGACACAAGUUUGAUAACAAUGGGUUGAAGAAAAAGUAAUAUGGUUGAUGUGCAUUUAUCGUCCUUAGAAACUAGCGCGCGGCAUGAGACAGAAUACUUCACAGCUAUUAGUCUUUUUGGUUUCGUUUUUUGUAAUUGAGAUCAACCAGUAAUCAUCAUUGAUCCAUGCCCCUAAAGUUGUUGCAUUUGGAUUGUGUUAAUGCAUUUGAAAGCAUGUUGUAUGGUUUUA